AUGUCGGAUUCUGCACAAAUAUACAUGGAAAAUGUGCUUCACAUUACGGGCUACCUACACCGACUACUGUUCCUAAUGAAGGAACUCGAUUUCAAAGAACAUAAGAUAAACAAGCUGAUCCAAGAGAAGGAGGAAAUUUAUUUAGAAAAUUUGAAUUAUUUGACAAAGAAUCGAGUUGAUAGACAGGGUACUUACUUGACUGGACAAUCGAGCAUGCAGAAUGAGGAGCUCCUGCUUGAGUUCGAAAAUCAGAACUGUGAGACGGAGUGCGCUCAACUGAAUGGGAGAUGUGACGAGGGGGACGUGGACUCGUCGGGGGGGCGCCAAGUGCGCGUUAAGGAGGAGGAGCACUCCGGGGGGGAGGACCCAACAGGGGGGAACUCGCACCAUCCCACCUCCGACGGGAAAAAGACCACCGCGUAUUCAAAGGAAGGUACUAAAAGCAACCCGCGAGAUGCGCCCAGGGGUGGUCUCCACUUGGAGGAAAAAACGCACAGUGGGGGCAGAAGCCCCGUCGAGCGAAAAGGGGUUAAGCGGGAAGUACCAACAGAUGAUGAGCAGAAAGGGGAAGCCCCAAACGAGGCAGACCGUGUAGCACGUAAUGUAGCAGACCACGAGGCACACCCGAUUGCUCUCACGAAUGCUCUCACGAAUGCUCUCACGAAUGCUCACCCGAAUGCUCACCCGAAUGCUCUCCCGAUUGAUCACCCGUGUGGGGAGCCGGCCAGCCCAUCCCUGAAGCGCGAAGCUGACCUGGCCUUGCACAACGGAGACGUCCUACCUACCUCCCAGACGUACAAAAAAAAAAACAGCAACCAACACAUGCCCAUCGCAAACACAGACGAUGAAGCAAAGAGCCAAGUGUGUAGACCCUUACAGAUAUACACAGAGGAGGAGUUAGAAAAACUUCUUAAAGAAAUUAUUAGCGAUAGGGAACAGUGCAUAGCUCUACUGAAAGAAAAAAUAUGCAUUAAUAAUCAGAUCUCUUACCUCAUAAAAACCGAUUUCGAUCGUGUAAAAAGUCAGCAUGACAAGCUGUUCGUCGAAAUGGAGAUGAAUGGUGAGUCGCCUCCUUACAUGCACAACACGGGUAGGAACAGGAACGCCCAGUCCGAGUGGGACCACCAGGACAACGUCCAUGAGAGGAGUGGCUUCCCACAUGAUCAGCUCGUCAACCAUGUGCACGGAAACGAUAUCCUUGGUAGCGCUCCCCAUGGUACCGCCGCACAUGGUACCGCUGCCCAUGGUACGGCUGCCCAUGCAAGGCCCAACCACAACAGGAGCACCCACCAGCUUGACCCAUACGACAUGGAGAAGACCAAAGACGAUGACGGAGAUAGCUCCUCCAUCAAAGCCUUUGGUAGAAAGCAUUCCCAAAAGUACGACGAGGAUUACAACCCCUACACUGUGGGGAAGAAUAAAAAAUCGAAGAAAUCGAAGAAGAGCCGAGCGGGCGAGAACGCCAACGCCACCGCUAACACCAACACCAGCGCCGCCGCUAACACCACCGCUAACGCCAACACCAACGCAACCGCUAAACUGAAGGCCGCGCCCGACAAGGGAGCCUCGGACGUGGGCGGCGAUGUGAGUGAAAGCGCGAUGCAGAGUGUGGACCAAAGAGUGGACCAACGUGGGGGCCAAAAUGCCUCCCCAAGCGGAAGCAACCAAAUGCGAAUUCGCCUCCUUUCGGUGAAGAACCCCUCGCAGGAGGAGGCCCACCUGGCUGCGCAAACCGACCAGGCUGACGGUGUUCCCCCGGAGGACGUGGGACCCGCAGGGGUGGAGGAGGCCACACACUUAUCCACCUCGGAAGUCAAGGCAGACGUGGCCAAAUCGACCAGCCAUGAAGCAACAAAAAUUGAGAAUGAAGAUCAUGUCGAAGAGGGUGCCACCCCCCAUGGGGAACAAACCAAUGGGAAUGACGACUCCAAUGGGAGCAGCGACAACCAUUAG